AUGUCUCCUGUUCUGGCCAAGCCCUCCGUCUCCAUCUCCCCCACCAAGAUGGACCCGUCUUCCCCCAACACCAUCCUCCUCUGCACCGCGACCGGCUUUUACCCAGUGGAGAUCGAGGUCCAGUGGCUGAAGAAUGGGCGGCCGGAGGAGGAGGGCGUGGCCUUCGGGGAGGAGCUCCAGAACGGAGACUGGACCUACCAGCUCCAGGUGAUGCUGGAGACCCAGCCCCAGAGGGAGGACCUCUAUGCUUGCCAGGUGGGGCAUGCCAGCCUGGAGGCCCCCAUCACCGUCCAGUGGGAGCCCCGUUCCUCCAGCUCUGCCAGGAGCAAACUCUGGACGGGGAUCAUGGGGGCCGUGAUAGGAGUGGCCUUCCUGGCUGUGGGGCUCUUCUCCUACCUGAAGAGCAAGAAAGCAACUCCCAUCCAACCUCCUGCAGGUGAGUUUCUCCUCUUCCUUCCUCAUCUCAUCCUCUCCUACAAGUUAUUGGUGGUUUUAAAAAUUCUUUAAUUUUCUUGGCUUUGAACCCACAGCAGCUUCAUCUAUAUUAUUCUUCCUACGAAUCACUUCCCUUCCCUUUGCUUUGCUAUAAAAGAAUAAACUUCAGAUGUAAGAAAA